AAUAUACAAAUGGAGAAUUCAGCGGGGAAGAACAUGGCAAUGGAUUUCAUAAUUCCAAGAACUCAUGCCACGGAGCUGUUGUCAUCGAAAGUUGUCAGCAAUGCCAAUUUCUCUAGAAAAGAAGAGAAUCUGCCGAUAGAUAUUAAAGAGAACCUUGCUAUCACCAAGUGCAGUGGCGAGACACAAGCCAAUUUGGCUUCAGUUAUUACUCACUAUGUCGAGACUCUAAAUCAGUACAGCUUGCGCAACUUAGGCUACCCCACUAAUCAAAACUUCAACUAUGACACAUUAGCAUCGUUGCUUCAUUUUCAUUUGAACAAUGCCGGUGAUCCAUUCCUAGGAAGCAGCUUCUCCCUAAAUUCAACAAGAUUUGAAGUGUGUGUGCUUGAUUGGUUUGCAAAUCUGUGGGAGAUAGAGAAGAAUAAGUAUUGGGGAUACGUCACAACCGGUGGAACCGAAGGAAAUCUUCAUGGAAUUUUAGUAGGGAGAGAACAACUUCCGGAUGGGAUUUUAUAUACCUCACAAGAUUCACACUAUUCAAUCUUCAAAAUAGCAAGAAUGUAUCGAAUGCAGUGCAUGAAGGUUAGCACUUUGGUCUCUGGCGAGAUUAAUUGUGUUGAUUUAAAGGCUUUACUUCUUGCUCACAAGGACAAGCCAGCCAUAAUCAAUCUAAACAUAGGGACAACUAUGAAAGGAGGAGUUGAUGACCUUGAUCUUGUAAUACAAACACUUCAAGAGUGUGGUUUCACACGUGAUCGAUUCUACAUUCAUUGUGAUGGAGCUCUAUUUGGAAUGAUGUUGCCUUUUGUUGAACAAGCACCUAGGAUUACCUUCGAGAAACCCAUUGGAAGUGUGGCUAUUUCUGGCCAUAAGUUCUUAGGAUGUCCAAUUCCUUGUGGUAUUGUAAUAACUCGUUUACGAUACAUCAAUGCAUUAUCAAGAGAUGUUGAAUAUAUUGGUUCAAGAGAUGUUACAAUCACAGGUAGCCGUUGCGGGCAUGCUCCAAUUUUCCUUUGGUACGCCAUCAAAAGAAAAGGUCUUAUAGGACUUCAAAACGAAGUGCGUAAAUGCAUAAUGAAUGCACACUAUUUACAAAGUCGACUACGUAAUGCAGGCAUUGGUGCAAUGUUAAACAGGUUUAGUAGCACUGUUGUCUUUAAGAGGCCUCUAGAUGAAGAGUUUACUCGUAGGUGGAAUUUGGCAUGCAAAGGAAAUAUUGCACAUGUGGUAGUGAUGCAACAUGUUACCAUUGAAAUGUUGGACUCAUUUGUUGCUGAAUUUCUUCAAAAACGAUCCAUUUGGUUCGAAGACGAACAAUUUCAACAUGUAUGCAUUGCAAAAGACAUUGGUUCGGGAAAUUGUGGUUGUUCAAUGCACACAAUUCAAUGUCACGAUUGAGAA